AUGUUGAAUUCUUGUCCCACAAGAAAGUAAGCAACAACAACAACACCACCAAGCACGGUUCAACCAUUAUAAAACCUCUAAACACCACACAACAAAACAAACCACACUUCAAAGUUACAAAAACUACUCUGUUUUUUUUUCUUCCCGGUAACCGGUCAGCUGCACCAUGAACAGCAGCGAAAACAACCAAAACAGCACAGUAAAAUCGUUAGAUUUCAAUAACUUAAAAGUUAUCUCCGCCGUGGGACGCGGCGCCAAAGGCAUCGUGUUCCUCGCAACAACCGGUAACCAGUCAUCUAACGAGUGUGUUGCUCUUAAAGUAAUAUCAAAAGAUCUUUUAAAUCAGAAGAAAUCAAAGAACAAUCCAGAAGGUUCUGGAGAGUAUAAGAGAGCUUCAUUUGAACAAGAAGUGCUACGUCGUUUUGAUCAUCCACUUUUGCCACGGUUGCGUGGUGUUUUCGAAACGGAGAAAAUCGUUGGAUUCGCCAUUGAUUAUUGCCAUGGCGGUAAUCUCCAUUCUCUCAGAAAGAAACAAUCUGAGAAAAUGUUCUCCAAUGACGCUAUUAGGUUUUAUGCAGCUGAAUUGGUUCUAGCAUUGGAAUAUCUUCAUGAUUCAGGAAUAGUGUAUAGAGAUUUGAAGCCAGAUAACGUGAUGAUUCAAGAAAACGGUCACAUAAUGCUAGUAGAUUUCGAUCUAUCUACAAAGCUGAAACCUAAAUCGCCACUUCAAUCACUGAGUCAUGACUCGUCAGAUAGAUCUAAUUCUUCGAAGGAGAAACACGCGAAUAAGCGAUUGUUUUCGCGAUUCUACCGUUGUAACUCGGGGAUCUCGCCGUGUGACUCGGAUUUUGAAUUGCAAAAUAGUGUGAACUCGAUGAAACGGAACGAAUCGGAAUCGGUUGAGAAAUCGAACUCGUUCGUUGGAACGGAAGAUUACGUGGCACCUGAAAUUGUAAACGGAAAAGGUCAUGGUUACGAAGUUGAUUGGUGGUCGUUAGGUGUCGUAUUGUACGAAAUGUUGUACGGAACGACGCCGUUUAAUGGGAUAAAUAGGAAAGAAACGUUUUACAGGAUUUUGUCAAAAGAACCUGAGUUAACGGGAGAGAAAACGGCGUUAAGGGAUUUGAUUAGGAAAUUGUUGGAAAAGGAUCCUGACCGUAGGAUCAAGGUAGAUGAAAUCAAGGGUCAUGAUUUCUUUAAAGGAGUAAAGUGGGACACGGUGUUGCAAUUAGCAAGACCACCUUAUAUUCCUCCUUUGAUUGAAGUUGAGAAUGAGAAAACUGUGGGGUAUAGUAAAAGCUAUGUGGAGGUGUUUGUUCAUGAAGUGUUUUUUCCUAAGGGUGAUGAUGGUAAUAAUGAAGAGAAAAAGAGUAAUAAAAUGGAAGAAAAGAAGGGUAAUGGUGAGGAAAAGAAGGUGUGGAUUGAUAAGUUGAGUAGUAGUCUCAAUGAGGAUGAUGAUUUUUUAAUUUUUUGAUGAGAUUUUUUUUUAUAUAUAAGUAUUUAUUUUUGUAGAUUAUAUAUUAUUAGGCAUAAUCUUAGUUCUAACUAUAAUAUUAUUUUUUGUUUAUAGAAGAAAUGAUAAAUAUAACAUGAAAUCUCACACAAUGACACAAAUGAAAGAAUUAUAGUCUAUGAUAAUAAAAGCAGUAUGGUUCUAGCAAGUAAGCAAAUUAGUGUUGCUGUUCUGUUACUCAAGGUGGUUGAAUCCCACCCGAUAAAGGCAUAGGCGGCGAUACUGUGAUGGAAAGUCCUUCUUUUAGUCCCCGACUUUUUCUUAGGAUGGAUGUAGAUAUAAUUAAGUCAUCUCUUGGCGAAUCUAGAACGCUACGAAUAUUCGGUUAAAUAUUUUAGUAUUUGUCUAAUGAAUUAGUGUUUACAUAUAAAUGUUACAUAAUUUUAAGUAAGAAAAAAGAUUAGAUAUAGUAGACUAUAUGGUUAAAAAAAAUAUAAUAGACUAUUUGACAAGGUCUAUAAACUACUUUGUUAUUUAUAUGAGACCUAGCACAAAUUUUUGACUGAAAUUCACAUUGAAAAUUAUUAAUUUUAAAAUCACAUAUCUUAUGUAAUUUAGUGGAAGUUAAAGAUCCAAUUAUAUGUGACAAUCUCUUUUGAUUGAAAAUUUCUCUCCUUAAUCCCUCAUUUGUUUCAAAAUAACAUGUUUACUUGUCAAAAGUAAAAUAAAAAGUUGUGUAGGAGAUAAAGGGUUUCAUUAUUACCAUAGCUGUAUUUUAUGAAUCAUGGUCAAAAGUUAGAAAAAAAUGGAGACCAAUCUAUGAAGUACUAUUCCAUUGUCACCCACCGUGGCUGUAUAUAUGACUAAUUCAUUAUGAAAAUAAAGAAUGAAAGAGGUUUUGGUGUC